AUGGAGUGUGACGACCAUUUAUCCUCCGGUGACAUUGUGGUCUUUGCGCAGCGUCUUGGCUCGCAUGUUUGCUGGCAUCCUGGUUGCUUUGUGUGCUGCGUUUGCAAGGAACUACUCGUGGAUUUGAUUUAUUUUCAUCGCGAUGGCAACCUCUACUGCGGAAGACAUCACGCGGAAACCCAAAAGCCACGCUGUUCCGCUUGCGAUGAGAUAAUUUUUUCUGAUGAAUGCACAGAGGCGGAAGGACGUACUUGGCAUAUGAAACAUUUUGCCUGUCUUGAAUGUGAACAGCAACUGGGUGGACAACGCUAUAUAAUGAGAGAAGGCAAACCAUAUUGCCUGAGUUGCUUCGAUAGCAUGUUCGCAGAGUACUGUGACUAUUGCGGUGAAGUAAUAGGUGUAGAUCAGGGUCAAAUGAGUCACGAUGGCCAACAUUGGCAUGCAACGGACCAAUGUUUCUCCUGCUGUACAUGUCGUUGUUCACUUCUUGGCAGACCAUUCCUACCAAGACGAGGAACUAUUUAUUGCUCCAUAGCUUGCAGUAAAGGCGAACCACCGACACCGUCUGAUACUAGUUCCGGUCCACAAUUACGACCAACACAUCGUGCCAGUACAACAAGCCAAAUUGCAAGAUCUCCAAGGCACGGACGCGGAGAAAAUCGCACUAAAAAUACAACCAAAAAUGCAGGCAGUGCUGGUGACUUGAUAGAAAGACAUGAACGGCAGCGACUGAAUGUUGGUUUGGAUCGUUUGACACUGGCACGUAACUUAGAGAAUGGUGGCGUACCAGGCAUACCUAGACCAGCACAUCCACCACCAAUAGACUUAACAGAAUUAGGUAUUAGUUUGGAUAAUAUAUGCGCUGGUGAUAAAUCAAUAUUUGGUGACACAAAUUUAACAUCCUCCCUACCCGAUAUGCUAAUGUCAAAAGCCGAAGAUUCGCAUAGUUAUCAAAGUAUUGACAAAAUUAAUAUAAACUCGCCGAGUGCUUCAGAUAUGACGCAAAGCACACAGGAAAUAACCAACGAGCUUGAAUUGGACAAUGACGACAAUGAAAAUGAUUUUUCAAAUGAUAAUUACGAGCGACUGUUGACGACAAAGUCAAGAACCAAUAAGCACCGAAACAAGCAUGAAAUUGAUAAUGUUGCUGAAAUCAAUGAUGAGGAAAAUAAUCGCCAGCAUAAUAUGAAGGAGGUACGCUUCCAUAGCAUCAACGACACUAUGUCACGGUCGAAAAGUUAUACAGACAACUCAAAUGCCAGACGCAGGCGACGUAAACGUAAUCAAUCACGAAGUUCAUCCGAAAUGCAAAUCAAUCAAACAAAUUUGCGGUUGCACAACGCACAAACGCAAGCAGGUGUUGUCGGCAACAAUUUGGAUAAUUGCGAUGCUGCCAGUGUUUGUUCCACCUGCUCCUCUAGUUCAUCCAGCGAUAUGGAUGAUUAUGUGUAUCGCAUACCGGCGCGCAAACACUAUGGGGGUGUGCGGGUUUCAUAUGUGCCCAACGAUGCCAUAGCCUAUGAACGCAAGAAAAAGUUGGCUAGUCAGGAGCAGAGCGUUGGUGGUAGUGGCGGUUGUGGUGGUAGCACGACGAGUGGUGGUGAUAGCAAAAGUUGCGUGAUAUCAUGACAACCUCCAAUACUACCGCCACCGCCAUUAAAUCUGGGCAGUUAUUAUAUACUGGAUACGAUUUUGGAGGAACAAAGAUUGGUUGAAGAAAAACGGCCAGGCUGUUUAAGGCGUUUUUGGCAGUACAUAAAAAACGGAAAUGGUAGGAAAAGCACGAAAAUGGAGUGCGUGUAAAGUGGGAGAGGUAGUGUUGGAGAGCAAUGUAAUUAGUGAAGUUUAUUAUGAGUUUAUCGAUAGUUAUAUAAAGGAGUAGUAAGCGAGUUGUAGUGAAGGAAAACUCAAUUAAGUAAUUAAAAUUUUGUAUUCAAUUAAUGUUGUGUCCAAGUACUUUGAGUAAUUUAGACUCCGGCCAGUGUCUCGAGUUAAAUUAGCAUAUCUCUGUAUAUAAUAAAUGCUGUUUAAUUUUGUAUAUUAAACCGAAAUAGAACUUCCAUAUCGUAGCUACUAAAGUAUAUCAAACUUAGAACUUUGUACAAAGCAACUAUAUCAGUAUAUUUACAACUGAACCUAGAGUGUAUAUUAGUGUUUUAUAUUAUUGUAU